AUGUUUGCUCCUUCCCAUUUUCUUCCUCUAACUUUAGUUUUCAUGUCAAUUUGGAACCAUCUUCUGUGCAGUGCGAGAAUGAGCUUCAUUCACACAAAGUGUCGCAUCACGGGUAAAUAGAUUCGAAACGUAUGGUUUCUAUUUUAGCAUUUUUGUAGAUGCUCCUUAUUCAAAAACUAAAGAUGUUUUCCGCGCGCUGGUUCCAGAUAAUAAGGUAAAAUGGAACGUUGACUGGUCAGAAUAUAGCCCCAAAAAUUAUACUGACCCUAAUACAAUCGGAAAGCCUUACGCCGAUAAAAACAUCGACGAAGGCGAUUUUCGCUGGAACGCCGUUGAUGGAUCAAUUAACAGAAAAUCACAUAUUUGGUAAAAAAAAAAUCCGCUUUAAUACUGCCUCAUUUUUGUUUUUCAGUGAUUAUUCAUUUGACAAAGAUGGUCGUCCACUAAACCCUAUGGGUAGAACGGGACUAAGUGGCAGAGGCGUGUUAGGAAAAUGGGGUCCAAACCACGCCGCCGAUCCUUUGGUCACUCGAUACCAAAAUGGUCGUUUGGAAUUUGUUGCGAUUCAACGAGGCGACACUGGUUUAAUAAAAAUCUUCAAUAGUAAAAAAUGUAUCUGUUUCAAAGGCGAGUGGGCGAUUCCUGGCGGGAUGGUAGAUCCCGGAGAGAAAGUUUCGCAAACUUUGAAACGCGAAUUCACUGAGGAAGCGUUGAAUGGUGUUGCUGACGCCAGCUCUCUUGAGGAUCUCUGGAAGCAUGGCAGAGAGCUUUACAAGUUUUGGAAAAUUUGAUCCUUUGAAGUUAUAGUUUGUUCAGAGGCUAUGUUGACGACCCGCGAAACACUGACAAUUCAUGGAUGGAGACCGUUCUAAUGAACUUUCAUGAUAAAGACAACGUUUUGCAAGGCGUCAAACUUGCGGUACGCAUCUCCACGUAGCUAUCUAAUUUCCGUUUUCUCAGGCCGGCGACGACGCAACCAAUUUGCGUUGGAUUGACGUCGACUCCGAGUUUCCACUUUACGCCUCUCAUGAUCAUUUCAUAUCUCUUUUGAAACAAUCUCGUCCUCCCACUUAA